GCCGCUUACGUAUCCUCAAGUGAAAUAAAUUGAAACUUGUGGUCUGCUGUUUGCAUGAAGUUAAACGAGCGCUCGCUUCGUUCGUAAUAAACCGCGACGAUCAUAUUAUGCAGCAGGUUAUCGUCGUGAAUGUGUGGUGCGGCGGCGGUGACUUGGCAGAAUACUUUAGAAAUCGACGUGAAACGCACGCCUCUCUUCCACAUCAUAUUUAAAUUGUUUUUAUCACGAUGUCGCUGUGAUCUAGUGACCUAACGCGAGUGGAAAAUCCUUUAUUUAGACUUUAUCGGGCUAUUUUCAACCGCUAAGUUUAUUUAGUGAACGUGGACGGACACUCAUCACUUCAGUGGCUAACUCAAAUAUCGAGCUGAUAUGGGAUUAUAUGAAGCUUUAUUUGCUUUUGUGCGCCUCUGUAUUCUAUUACCUGGUGAAACUAGCUCGCUGUGAGUGUACACUGAAAUGACGAUGGCAGCGAGUAACAACUCGCUAACGGCAACACUUAGCUCUGGAUCAGCAGCAGGAGUCGCUCAAAUGAGCCAACACUGUGCCAUUUGCGGCGAUAGAGCAACAGGAAAACACUAUGGUGCCGCAUCCUGCGACGGUUGCAAGGGGUUUUUCAGGAGAUCCGUCAGGAAAAAUCAUUUAUAUACAUGCAGAUUUAGCCGAAAUUGUAUAGUGGAUAAGGACAAAAGGAACCAAUGCAGGUACUGUCGCUUACGGAAAUGCUUCAAAGCCGGUAUGAAAAAAGAAGCCGUACAAAACGAACGCGAUAGGAUAAGUUGUAGAAGACCGAGUUACGAAGAAAACAAUCAAAAUAACGGCUUGUCGGUUGGUUCUUUGCUAAAUGCCGAAAUGUUGUCGCGGCAAGUGGGAGCCGCGCUGGAACAAAUGGGGCCAACUCCUGUUAACGAUUACGACUUGUCCAACAAACAAUUAGCCAGUAUAAACGAUGUUUGUGAUUCGAUGAAGCAACAGCUUCUGAUCUUGGUCGAAUGGGCCAAAUACAUUCCAGCGUUCACGGACUUGCAACUGGACGACCAGGUCGCUCUUUUGCGAGCGCAUGCCGGAGAACAUCUUCUCCUAGGACUUGCACGACGUUCCAUGCACCUGAAGGACAUCCUCCUUUUGGGAAACAACUGCAUCAUCACCAAACACAGUCCAGUGAUGAUGUUGACAGACUCCCGAGUCUCUCCGGAUUUGGAUAUUUCCCGCGUCGGUAGUCGAAUCAUGGACGAACUGGUUAAACCAAUGACAGAAGUUCAGGUGGAUGACACUGAAUUCGCUUGCCUCAAGGCCAUAGUAUUUUUUGAUCCGAAUGCCAAAGGAUUGAGCGAACCGGCACGCAUCAAGGCCCUACGUUACCAAAUACAAAUCAACUUAGAAGAUUACAUUAGCGAUAGACAAUACGACAGCAGGGGCAGAUUUGGGGAACUUCUUUUAACACUUCCCGCUCUUCAGUCAAUCACAUGGCAAAUGAUUGAACAAAUUCAAUUCGCCAAAUUAUUCGGCGUCGCACACAUCGACAGCUUGUUGCAAGAAAUGCUGCUAGGAGAAUCGAUUCUAGGUGCCAGUAUUGACACGAAUGCAGCUUCAAUGAUGAGUUCUGCAAAUGCCAGCGUCAACAAUUACCAAAGCACCAGCGAUUCGGCCGAUAGUCCGGUCACUUCGCCCACAACGACACAGUGCAACAGCCCCACAGAUCACCUAAUAAACGGGAACAUUUCAAGCCCUCCAAGUACCGCAACGUCCAAUGUUCUCAUCAUGCGUGACAUCACGCCAAUUGAUGAAAAUUCGUACAUGGCAUUUAAGCAAGAACCCAUUCAAGAAGUGGAGCAACACACCUUUUAACCUAUUUAUUUUUCUAGAAUGAGUUUUUCGUUUUCAAAAGUAUUUCUACAGGGUAAUUUUAAUUGCAUAUUUAACGAGUUCUAUUUAUUAGUCAUCAUCACACGGUUGCAACGAGUGACGUGGCGUCUUCCGUAAAUUGUUACAAUUUAUACUAAACAUGCAGUGCCUUAAACUGAUCGUACAAGUGCUUAUAGAGAGGCUGUGAAAUGAAAAACUACCUUAUAUUAAUCGCACCAUGGUUUCGUGGAAUAUUAUUGCGUGUAUUUUAACUUGCCAAUUUUCAUAGUCAUGUUUUUAAAUGAUAUUGAUAUUUGAUAGGAAAGACCUGAUUGCUCAAUUUUUACACAGAACAAAUUAUGUAUACAUAUACUAUAAUGUAAACAGAUCUCUUGUUAUUGGCAGUGGUGUUUAAUUUUAUCGUAGGUGUAUGGAAUUUAGCAUUACAAAAGACACUCAAAUUUUUUAUGCAAUAAUAAGUAAUUUGCCAUUGAGUUAGUGACAUUUUGUUAUAUCUAAAUUAAAUGCUUUAGAAUAGAUAAGGAAAUAUGUGUAUUCUUCCCUUCUUAAUUUAACAUUUAAAUUUGUGAGUGGAAGGUCUAUGUAUAGUUUAUUGUAUAAUUUUUUAAUUGGUUCGGUCGACAUUGAGAUUUUACUCAGUGUGCAAGUAAGGGUAAUUUAACCUAUUUGUUUUAUUUUUUCUUUAUUUAGUUUGCAUUUUUCUACCAUUUAAGGUGGCAAGGUCCUUUGUUUUUUGUUACCAGUUAUGUUAGUUUCAUUGUUAUAGUCGGUGUUUGUAUUGUUUCUUUGUUUUAUUUAAUCUAUUCAAUUUUAUACAACUUGGCAGAACUUUUGAUAUUGAGAUUAGUUUACCCAAACUUCUCUUCACAUUGUUUAUGCUAUUUCAAUGCAAAAUUGCCGUUAUUUAUUUAGGUAAAUUCAUAAAGGCUGGAGGUGGCAAUAUUACGUUUCUUUCUAUUAUUAAAUAUAUUUUAUAAAAUUA